AUGGCGGACAAGGCCGGCGACAAGCCCGGUCCCGCUGCCCAGGCCGUGCUGGUGCAGUCUGAGCAGAUCCCCGAGUACGUGCCGACCGUGAGGGGCCACGACUUCGACAACGGCCGGGACCUCGACGCCCUCCUCGGCUCCAUGCUGACGUCAGGCUUCCAGGCAACAUCCCUCGGGCAGGUCAUGGCCGAGCUGCGCGAGAUGAUUUCGUGGCGCCUGAGCGACGAGCGAGAGCCCGAGGAAGGCUGGUCCGACUUCUGCGACGGCAAGUACAAGGAUCCUGCGGUCCGCGAACGCACCGGUGCGAAGAUCUUCCUGGGGUUCACGUCGAAUCUGAUCUCGUCCGGCCUCCGCGAGGUGAUCAAGUACCUGUGCAAGCACAAGAUGGUCGACUGCCUCGUCACGACCGCGGGGGGAGUCGAGGAGGACUUGAUCAAGUGUAUGGCUCCUACCUACAUGGGGGACUUCGCGCUGCAGGGCCGCGAGCUGCGCCACAAGGGGCUCAACCGCAUCGGCAAUCUCCUCGUGCCGAACGACAACUACGUCAAGUUCGAGCAGUUCAUGAUGCCCGUGCUCGACGCGAUGAAGGAGGAGCAGGACGCGGGGGAGCGGUGGAGCCCGUCGACGAUGAUUCGGCGGCUGGGGAAGGAGAUCGACAACGAGGAGUCGGUGUACUACUGGUGCUGGAAGAACGACAUCCCUGUGUUCUGCCCCGCGCUCACUGACGGGUCCAUCGGCGACAUGCUCUACUUCCACACGUACCGCAGCGAGGGGGGCAUUUGCCUGGACAUCGUCAAGGACAUCCGCCUGCUCAACGACCUGUGCUGCUGGCACAAGCCGCCGCUGCGCACCGGCGCGAUCAUCCUCGGCGGCGGGCUGCCGAAACACCACAUCUUCAACGCCAACCUCAUGCGCAACGGCACCAACCACUGCGUCAUCAUCUCCACCGCCACGGAGUGGGACGGAUCGGACUCCGGGGCGCGCCCGGACGAGGCGAUCUCCUGGGGCAAGAUCCGCACCGACGCGGACCCGGUGAAGGUCUACGGCGACGCGACAAUCCUCUUCCCGCUAGUCGUGUCGCAGACGUUCGCGAAGAUGUGGUGGAGCAGGGCGCGCGACACCAGCCCGCCGCCGCAGGCCUGA